AUGACAUUUCUGUCAACCUCAAUUUUAUGUUUAUUUUUAAGUACCAAAUUAAUUAAAGUUUAAUAAAAAUGUACUAAGCCGAUUUCGUUUCUACAAAUUUCUUUUAGGCCCGACAUUGACAAUAAACCCGUAUUAAUAUGUGUGAAAAUGGAGCCGAGUAUAGUGAUUCAGUGGAUCCCAGAGUACACAUAGAAUUAGAACGACUAAACAGUGCUACUGACGAAAUCAAUAAGCUAGAAGUGGAACUAGAUGAGGCUAGAAACACGUUCAGACAAUUGUUAUGUGACAGCACAUCUAGAGUGGAAGCUUUGAGAGCAAAACUGGGAAUGUGUGUCGAAAGGGCCAGACCCUAUUAUGAAGCAAGGUUCGCCUCAAACGAGGCAUUAAAACAGACGCAGGUGGCUGCUAUGAAAUUUGAAAGGGCCAAUAGUGCUCAUAGUGCCGCCAGAGAAAUGGUUUACUUGGCUGAACAGGGAUUAGGUGGGAGAACUUUAGAUCCAGCUUGGCAGGAGAUGCUGAACCAUGCUACACAAAGGGUGAAUGAUGCAGAAACUGACAGAGGGAUAGCUGAAAGUGAGCACAGGAUAGCUUGUAUUAAACAUGAGGCAGCCAAUACUAAAGUUCAAAGUUUACAAAAGGAGUUGAAGAGGGCAAUUACAAAGAGCCGUUUUUCCAUUCGACGGUCCUUUAUGAAAAUGAGUAACCUUUUGUCACAGCAUGAAUUAAUGUUUGUGCCGUACUAUGAGAUGAAGGCACACUUUUACCAGCUAUUAGAACUUCAAAAGUCGCGCAUUCAAAAACUAGAAUCUCAAGUGGGAGCUUCCAAACUAACAUAUUCAGAAGCAUUGCGAAAUUUGGAACAGAUCUCUGACGAAAUACAUCGCACGCGCCGAAAAGCAUCACUACUGGCAUCAGGUCUAAGCUCAUCGAAGCAGCGUAGCAUCGACUCCAAUGAAUCGUUCUUAGAUGAUGCUCAAGAUCUCUUGGACGAGUACAAAAGUCUUCCCGCGAAGCUUGGCGAUGCAUCCAGUCCAAUAACGUGCAAACUGGAUGACGUUGAGGGCUACAAGAGUAUAAAUUUGGCAUGCAAUGCAUCGCCAUCGUCGCCGCUAUCACAAAGCGAUAACGAGAAAAUGAAUCCCAGUUUGGCUCUGAGCCAAUCCAGUGAAUGGACUGAGAUUAACCUUGACAACUCGAGUCCCGAGGAAGAGAGAAUGGAAGAUCAUGAAAAACCGAAAAUCAUCAGACAGAAAACUUUGCCGAAUCCAAGCGAAUUUUCAGCUUUGAAGAACAAAAUGAAACUGGACACUACCAUCACCAACUGGAUCUCUCGGUCCUCAGCUAAGAACGACGACAUAGCGUUUAACAAUAGUAGAAGACAGAGCCUGGAUAAUUUGUUGGGUCCAACGAGCGAAAAGGUAAAGGAAAUAUUUUCGCACGGUAUGAUGAUGCUAAAUAUUGGUUCACUAACGGAGAGAAGAAAUAGUGAACCGAAAGUUGGAAUUACCGAAGAAAAAUCAAAAUCCGGUGCUAAAAAGUUGCCCAGUCCUUUGGAGAAAACACUCACAUAUCUAGCUGUUGAGGAUGAUAAUUCAGAUACUGAUAGUUUAUCAAGUGUUGAUAUGCUCAAUGAAGAUCAAAUAUCAUCGUUAAUGAUGGACAAGGAUAUUGGCGCGGUAUGCGAGGAAGUCCUGGGGACACCCAUUGCUGAAGUGAUAUCUCUACCCCAACUUGCUUCUAGUCAUACAAAAUCCAAUUAAUUUUAAUCCAUACCACGGGAGACUGGUUCUCGAAUUUGCCCUUCUCCCAUACAACCUUCAAUAGUCAACCUUAAGUACAACAUAUUAGAGUGUAUAUUUAUAUUUUUUCUUUAUUUAUUUAUAUUUAUAUUGUUUUAACCCGAUCUAGUCAUAAGUGAUCUUAUAUUAUCAUUGCCUUGUACCAUUAAAUUUUUAUGUUAUGCACAGAUUAACUUAAAACGCAAUAAAUAAAUAGUUCAAGGCGCCUCGAUAGUUAUGCGAUCGCUCGUUCUAUCUUCGAUAAAUUAAAAUCAAGCUUCUUGUCUGUGGUGUAGUUUUAGCAAUUUUAUUCUGAAAGCAAUAUUUUAACGUUAUCAGAUUGUUAACAAUGUUUAACUCAAUAAAGAUAUUGUGACCAAGAAAA